GGGGCUUGUCGGUGUGCGAGUCCGGGUUUAAUCCGACUCUAAUGUGGUUGUACAGUGUAAUUGCUGUUUGGCGUUGUUUCCCAAUCUCGGCUGAAAGCUGAUGUGUAAGGACUGCAUGAGCUUCACCACUGUCAGCUGAAGACGGCGAAGCUGCUCCAGGCAGGAAGUGAGAUGUCCGCUCCGUGGCAGCAGCCUCUUGCUCCUUUCUCCACUGAAGUCCACAUCGACUCCAGCUCGCGGAGGAGGAAGGCCCGGUUAAGCUCACAGAACUGGAUGAAGCAGGAAGACGACGCCGAGGUCAUCCAGUGGCAGACCAUGACCUCGGGCGUGGGCAGUGACUCGGAGCAGGACAACACACCGAGCAGCGCCGUCUCCACUGUGACUCCAAUGGAGGGCUUGCCCCCAAGCGUGAUGCUGACCAUCACCAAGCUGCAGUGUCUGCUGGAGAGCAAACAGGAGAAGAUCGAGUCUCUGGAGCGGCAGGUGGAAGACCUGCAGCAAGACCGCAAGUUCCUCCGACAGCAGAUCGAGAACCUGACCAGCUCACGGUCCACCUCUGCUACUGAAGCAGGCAAGUCCAUCUACUCUGAGCCCAAAGCCCAUAAGAGGCAGAGGACGGCGUCCUCCAGCUCCAGCCUCGGCAACGAGAGCGGAUCAGACGGGUCGUUCUCUUCUGCGUCGUCAGCAGCCUCUGAGAAGAGGAGACGCCACAAAGAGAAGAAGAGAGGAAAGAAAGGCAAAGACUACGGCAGGAAGAGAGCGACGGGAGUUCAGUACGUCAUCCACCGCUACAAGCAGGUCCUCUCGGCCUUCAACAAAAAGAAGAGCAUGAGUGGGGCUUUCCGUCAUCACGGCAUCGACCGGAACACCAUCGCCAACACAGCCCCCAUAGCUGAGCUCCACCUGGCCGCUAAAGAGGCCGUGCCGCUGGUGGGUCAGUUCCGUCCACGAGAGGAGACACUAGUGAACUAUGCUCAGCGCUGUGCUCUGGCCAUCGAGACGGACGAGGAGCUGUCCAGGAAGAUCGAGCAGAUGAAGGCCAAUGGAGAGCUGCUGCCCAUCUCAGCUAAAAGAGCCAGGGUGCAUACAAUGCUUGGCCAGUAGAGGGCACUGUGAGACUGUGAAUCAGUAUUUCUCAGCCCUGGUGCUGGUGUGCCCCCUGCUCAUGCUCUUCCACAUCUUUAACCAAUCUGUUAAUUACAGGGUUUCUGCAGGUUUAAAUUUAAUUGAGUGAAAUUAAGACUUUAAAAAGUCUCUAAUGAUUGUAUUUUCUCUCCAAAUACCUUAGAAGGAAAUUCCAUCGAUUUUCAGAACUUCUGCAUAGUUCAGUCGCUCAAUAUAAGUCAUUCAGAGCGGUUUGGUGUAAAAUGCCCUGUUCUAGAGAAACUUAUAGACUCAGAACUGUUUGCAGUGGUGGCGAUAGGACCCAGACGUUCAAAGAGUUUAAUGCCUUUAAAAGCUCCCUCACAUGAAAUGGUUAUGAAUACACUGCCUGAUGUCUGAGACAGUGUUUCACAGUAGUUUUGUGCUAAAUUUUGGCUUGAAAUAUUUAAAAAAAAAUACACUCAAGGUUGGCGAGGUACAUGUAGGGUAUUAGAAGUUUUUAAAAAAUUGUGUAAUUUCCCUUUAACCUUUCCAACUGCUUGAGACCACCGGUGGUUCCAAAACGCACUUUGUCAUAUUCUUCAUAACUUUCAUAUUUCAUAAGCUACAUUCAAAAG